UUUAAGAUUGUAUUUUUUUUCUAAAAAAUGCGUGAAUGCAUAUCCAUUCAUGGUGGACAGGCAGGAGUCCAGAUUGGUAAUGCUUGCUGGGAAUUAUAUUGCUUAGAACAUGGAAUCCAGCCUGAUGGACAAAUGCCGUCCGACAAGACUGUGGGUGGAGGAGAUGACUCUUUCAACACAUUUUUUAGUGAAACGGGUGCUGGUAAGCAUGUUCCCAGAGCAGUAUUUAUAGAUUUGGAGCCUACAGUUGUUGACGAAGUACGUACAGGAACUUAUCGACAAUUGUUCCAUCCUGAACAACUUAUAACAGGUAAAGAGGAUGCUGCAAAUAAUUAUGCUAGAGGCCAUUACACUAUUGGUAAAGAAAUAGUCGACUUAGUGCUAGAUAGAGUGAGAAAAUUAGCUGAUCAAUGUACAGGUCUGCAAGGCUUUCUGAUAUUCCAUUCAUUUGGAGGCGGUACUGGCUCAGGGUUCGCUUCACUUCUUAUGGAGAGGCUUUCAGUUGACUAUGGCAAGAAGUCUAAAUUAGAAUUUGCGAUAUAUCCUGCGCCACAAAUUUCUACCGCAGUUGUAGAGCCUUAUAAUUCAAUUUUAACUACUCACACUACUUUGGAGCAUUCUGAUGCAGCUUUUAUGGUUGAUAAUGAAGCUAUUUACGAUAUUUGUCGAAGAAACUUGGAUAUUGAGAGACCCACCUAUACUAAUUUAAACCGUUUAAUUGGCCAAAUAGUAUCCUCAAUCACCGCAUCUUUAAGAUUUGAUGGAGCUUUAAACGUAGAUUUAACGGAGUUCCAAACCAAUUUAGUUCCUUACCCACGAAUCCAUUUCCCUUUAGUGACUUAUGCACCAGUGAUUUCUGCGGAAAAAGCAUACCACGAACAAUUAUCUGUAGCAGAAAUUACAAAUGCAUGCUUUGAACCUGCCAAUCAAAUGGUGAAAUGUGAUCCUAGGCAUGGAAAAUAUAUGGCAUGUUGCAUGCUUUAUCGUGGUGAUGUAGUUCCUAAGGACGUAAAUGCAGCCAUCGGAACUAUAAAAACUAAACGUACUAUACAGUUUGUUGAUUGGUGUCCAACGGGUUUCAAAGUUGGAAUAAAUUACCAACCCCCUACUGUAGUGCCUGGCGGUGACUUAGCUAAAGUGCAACGAGCUGUUUGCAUGUUAUCUAACACAACAGCGAUCGCCGAAGCUUGGUCCCGUUUAAAUCAUAAGUUUGACCUGAUGUAUGCCAAAAGAGCAUUUGUUCACUGGUACGUCGGUGAAGGUAUGGAAGAAGGUGAAUUUUCAGAAGCUCGUGAAGAUCUAGCUGCCCUAGAAAAAGACUAUGAAGAAGUUGGUAUGGAUUCGGGUGAGGGCGAAGGUGAAGGUGGUGAAGAAUAUUGA